GCAAACCCAGAGAAGUAAAGGAAGGGGAAAAAAAGAAUCAUAAAAAUCCCUUUCAGCUUUAAGUUCUGCUACUGUCCCAAGUCUGCCUCAUAACAGAAGUUUUUCCAUCGGAGAAGGAAUAAUUUCCUCAAAACCAGCUUUUUUACCUCCAAGUGAGAGAGGAACAAGGCACUUGGACUCUUGCAGGCUUCCUGGAAAUAGACUCAAAAAUUGCUUUAUUUUGUACAGCCCUGUACUGCACAGAAUCCACAAGAAACACUCUAGAAAAACUUCAGAACUGCUGAACCGAAACUCCAAAUCAUGUUGGGAAAAAAGUUGGUGACUGCACAAAAGCGAGGGGAGACCAGAGCUCUGUGCCUGGGGCUGGGAAUGGUGGCCUGCUCCAUGGUGAUGUACUUUUUUAUUGGGAUCACCAUUGUGCCAUUCUACACUAAAAGUGUAUGGACAACAGAAACUGUGUGCAAGGUACUCAAAGUCAACAUCCAAGACAAAGUUCCAUGCUCAAACAGUGAAGGCUCAGAGGAUGAGGAUGCCUUUCCUUACCCCUGUCUCCAGGUGUGGGUUAAUCUGACAGUCUCAGGACAAGAGGUUAUGCUGUAUCAGACUGAAGAUACACUGGAAAGAAAUUCUAAGUGCUCAUACGUUCCAGGAAAGUCAGAGAACUCUAAGGAAGUCAAAGCACGAAUAGAAACAAUUGCAAGCAAUUUCAAGAAGUACCAGACUUUACCAUGCUACUAUGACCCAGGCGGAAUGCAGACCAAUGUCAUUCUAAGCAGACUUUAUCCCCCUAAAAGCCUCCUCUUUGCUUUCCUUUGGCCUACACUCAUGUUUACUGGUGGAUGUCUGAUUAUUUUUCUGGUAAAAAUUAGUCAGUAUGUUUCUGUUCUUUCUGCUUGGCAGUAGAAAAUAAAAACCCAGCACAGACUGUUGCAAGAUAUUAAAACACUUUUUUCUGCCUCUUUCUGCAUUAUGUGUUUCUUGGCAAGCCAGGUAUCAGUGCAAGGGCAGGAAACUGAAUAGCACCCACUGUGGAUUGCAUGAAGACAAAAUAUAAAAUUCAUACCAAGCAAUGCCUGAAAAUAAGAACA